AGAGAGAGAGAGAGAGAGAGAGAGCGUUUUGGUGCGUGCGAAGCCAAAAAGGGCAAAAUACCAGACCGUACGACGGUCUCUUUUAGAGAGAAAGCAAUUAAGCUUCUCCAUCACUGUGAAGAAACCGUCGCCGCUCUCUCUCUCACCUCUUUCCCUCACUCUCUUCCACUCGAUCGAGCUUCUCAGAUCCUUCUAGGCCUCUCUAGAAGGGCGGUGGGAUUCCUGUACAGCUCUCCCUUUCCUCCUCCUCCUAUUCCCCACAGUUGAUGCAGGUGUACAGAUACCCAACACUCGUCGUUUUGUGAUGGACUUGUACGGACGAAGCCCCGCCAGAAACGGGUCGAACCAGGAAUGGAGCCCCGCCGCCGGUGAGACCGGCCUCGAAGAGCAAAUGUGGCAUUUGGGGUUGACGAGCAGCGAAUCGUACCCGGAGCGACCCGGCGUGCCCAACUGUGUUUACUACAUGCGAACCGGGUUCUGUGGAUAUGGUGGUCGGUGCCGGUACAAUCAUCCUCGUGAUCGUGCCGCUGUCGUGGCAGCUGUAAGAGCUACAGGGGACUACCCAGAGAGAGUGGGGGAACCUAUAUGUCAGUAUUAUUUAAAGACUGCGACCUGUAAAUUUGGCGCGUCCUGCAAGUACCACCAUCCAAAACAUGGAGCUGGAUCCUUAAGCCGAGCUCCCCUAAAUAUCUAUGGAUACCCAUUACGACCGGGCGAGAAUGAAUGCUCCUACUAUUUGAAAACGGGGCAAUGCAAAUUUGGCAUAACCUGUAAAUUCCAUCACCCACAGCCUGCUGGAACAGCAAUACCAGCUUCUGCACCUCAAUUUUAUCCGUCGGUGCAGUCUCCUUCCGUUCCUUUGGCAGAACAGUAUGGGGGGGCAUCCACCAGUUUGAGGGUGGCUAGGCCUCCACUAUUACCUGGAUCAUAUGUGCAAGGGGCGUACGGUCCUGUCUUAAUUCAACCAGGAGUUGUUCCUAUUCAGGGUUGGAGUCCUUAUUCGGCACCUCUUAGUCCUGUACUAUCACCUGGAGCUCAACACACAGUUGGAGCAACUUCUUUAUAUGGAGUAACACAGCUAUCUUCUCCAACACACGGACUUGCAAGACCUUAUACCUCCAUACCCUCUUCUGUUGGUCCUUCUAGCAGCAACCCGAGUGAACAAGUUUUCCCAGAGAGGCCUGGCGAACUUGAAUGCCAGUACUAUCUGAAAACUGGGGACUGUAAAUAUGGAGCAUCUUGUAGGUAUCAUCAUCCUCGGGAUCGAACUGCACCAAGGAUAACUUGUCUCCUUAGCCCGAUGGGUCUCCCACUCCGUCCGGGAGUGCAACCGUGUACAUUCUACCUGCAAAACGGUCAGUGCAAGUUUGGAUCUACAUGCAAAUUCGAUCAUCCAGUGCAGACCAUGAGGUACAACCCCUCAGUUUCAUCUCUCGUUGAUAUGCCUGUUGCUCCAUAUCCGGUUGGGUCUCUGCUGGCCACCCUGGCUCCAUCAUCCUCAUCAUCAGAUCUUCGGCCCGACUUACUUUCAGCUUCCACAAUGGAUACUUACUCGGCUAGAGUGCCCUCUUCCGGGAACGCCUCAAGUAGUUCAGUUGGAUUGAUUUUUUCUCAGAGCGGUUCUGUUUCACUGUCUGAUGUGCAACUGUCCACUCAGACUUCAUCCCCUUUGAGCAAUAGCAGAAGCACGAGACCGGUUGGCGAGCUUCGUCGAUCAAGUUAAACGUAAUACCCAAAGUCAGCUCGUUCGCUAUCUCCAGGAUCGCGGUUUCACCAAGGCUCUUUCUGUUUAUAUAGAUGUCGUCGGUAAAUGUAUAAUGAGGUCAAUUGUGCAAAGGGUGUCAUAUUUCGGUCUUUCAACCAAAUCUGUUUAUCCAACACAGUAGUAGGAAAGGCACACACAAUGUUGAUGCUUGUGUCAAUUCGAUAUUACAGGAAUCCAAUAUAAAUUCCAAAUAAAGCUGCAGUAUCGAAAUUUCCCAUGUCUUCUUUUCAGUUUUCAUCUCUUUCAACUUCAAGUGAUUACAAAUAUGAAGUAUGCCUGCAAUUUUUACUCU